AUGAUGGGAUGUUUAUGUCUAGAAAAGGGUGUGAAAAAGGAAUUGACAGAAAAGCAAGGAUAUGAAGUGGUUUUACGGUAUAUCAAUGAGCAAAACAAACCUUUUAAUGCCCUGACGAUCUUCGAGAAUUUGCACAAGGAAGUCAAGAAAGCAUACGUUGUGCGAAUCUUAGCCCAAUUAGCUCAAGAUGGCAAAAUCGUCGAGAAGGAAUAUGGAAAAAGCAAAGUGUAUUUUGCAGAUCAAAGCCAAUUCCCCGAGAUCGAUGAAGCCGAGUUCCAAAAGAUGGAUCAAGAGAUAAGCGCUCUGGAAGAAGAGGAAAAGUCUCUCCAAAGCGAGGUGGGAAUGUUAAAGAAUGAACUGAAAGAACUGGAUUCCGCGCUGAGCGAAGCCGAGUUGGAGAAGGGAAUCGCCGAGAUGACCGCUAAUAUCAAGCGAAUGGAAGAGCGUGUGGCCAGCUUGCAGUCAGCCGAUGUGAUUGAUCCUGCAGAACUCGCCAAUCUUCGAUCGGAGAUUGCGCGUGCUGAGAAAAUCUGGAGACAGCGGCGAAGCCAAUGCCGUGAAGUGAUCGGCAGCAUGGCGGAGGGGAUGGACAAAGGGGAUCGCGAAGUGAUGGAGAUGAUCGGAUUGGAGACGGAGGAAGAGCUGGGCAUUCCGCUGCCUUUUAAGCGAUGAAGAGGAAGGGUUGGGAGGAUGUGUGUUGUGUAGUGAA